AUGGAGGAUCUACGAAUCUGUUUCCAAGAUUGUGAAGGACGGCUCACUAUCAGAGAAGAUGUCAUUGACAAAAGUGCUAUCAGGGUGCUCGAUUUGGCCCGCCGUCUUGGGCGCUUUGAGAACCCUGAAGAACCGCCGAAGCGCGCGGUUGAAGAUGCCGCCAGAGAAGGGUUCAUCAAAGAAUCCGGGGCAGACGGUAUCACUCUGCUGAAGAACCAAGGUGAUGUUUUACCCAUCAAAAGGGGAUCCACGGUAGCCCUGGUCGGCCAGCACUCGUGGUCUGUCGUGCUCGGCGGCGGCGGCAGCGCACGCGUUGAUGCACUGCACGCGAUAUCACCUAUCCAGGGCUUCCGGAAUCUUGGUUUCACGAACCUCGAGGCCCGCGGCGUUCCUGUAUUCGGAGCUGUCCCUCACGCCGACCCGAGCAUCGUCUUCCCUCGCGACCGCAAGACUGGCUCGUCGAGGCCAGUGAAACUGGAAUGGCCCAACGGACCCAUCGUCGGCACGAAUCUCGCCCACAAAGGGACCAUUCCGCAAGCCGAGUACAUGACCAAGGAAAAGCGGCCCGAAUAUCUUGACGAAGACUUCUCAACGCGCAUCACGUUUGACCUGCGGCACCUCGAAAAGCGGGUGCACCAGCGGCUCGAAAAGGGGCGCCGGUACGGCAUCACGCUCGAGUCCUGGGCGUGUGACCCUGCCAUCCUCAACGCAGGACCAAUCUUCGGCAAAAUGUUUCAAGGCAGCGCCGUGCGGUUCCAUGAGGCAAUCGACGUGGCCGCGCGCCGGGCCGAAGCCGCCGAGGCCGCGGCGGCGGCCGACUACGCCGUCGUCUGCGUCGGCACGACCAACGAGACCGAGACGGAGGGGUUCGACCGCGACACGCUGGCGGCGCAGUACGACCUCGCGUGGUUCCCGGGGCAGGAGACGGAGCAUGCGCUGGAGGCGGUGCUCGCGGGCGUCGUCAACCCCAGUGGCAGGCUGCCGCUGUCGUGGCCGCGGCGUGUAGAGGACGGGUCUUCGUUUGAGAACUUCCCUGCCGGAGAGAACAGCCUGCUGCGGUACGACGAGAGGUUGGAUGUCGGGUGUCGACGGCAUAAUCGCCCCGGGAACCCGGCGGCUCUCUUCCCCUUUGAUUUCGGGCUGUCGUAUACGACGUUUGCCGUGACCGGUGCUGCCGUUUUGGGUUCUAGUGCCUUGAAGAGUGCCAACGACUCGAUUCGUGUGUCCGCUGAGGUUGUGAAUGCUGGGUCUAGGAGAGGCAAGGUUGUCGUGCAGUUCUACGUGGCGUUCCCAGAGGGGGCUGGUACCCCUGGUCGCCAGAGGCCCGUGAAGGAGCUGCAGGCAUUCACCAAGGUUGACAUCGAAGCAGGGCAAACUGCACAGACAACAGUACAGUCCGGCAAGUUCGCCGUAAGUGUCUAUGAUGAGGCGAAGGCUCGCUGGGUAACGCCAGACGGCGAGUAUCGAAUGCUCGUGGGUUUGUCGAGUGUCGACAUUCAACAGACGGCGUCUUUUUCUGUGUCCAAGUCGUUUACUUGGACAAGCGUGUAA